AGUCAGAGUAGGGGUGGGACACUUAAAGAGCCCCGACCUAAGGGUGAGCGCCCUGCUUCCCGGGAAUCCAGGCCUGCAGUGGCCACCCCUGCCUGACCGAGAAAUUCCAGCUUCUGGGUGGGGAUUGCGGGUCGUCGGCGUCAGCGCACUCACGUGGUGACCGGCCCCCAUCGCGUGCGGGCAGCACCGCCCUCCCACCCCAUAUUCCCAGGAAGGAAGAACUUAUUAAGAGCCUACUGUGUGCCAGGCCCUGUAUCAAGGUCCUGGCACAUAUUAUGUCAUCUGAGUCUCACAACAACCCAGGGAGGUAGGUGCUACUCUAAUGAGGAUGAUCAGAUAUCUCCAUUUCACAGCUGAGGAAACUGAGGCAGGCAGAGAGAAGGGGCCAGACUCACCCCUAGCCAUGGAGCCUCGAGGGAUCUUGAAGGCCUUUCCCAAACGGAAGAAAAUGAGAACCGCCUCUGAUGGGAGCGGACUCUUAAAGAUUCCCAAGAAGGAAAAAGCAGAAGCUGGAGAGUGGCUGAGCCCACUUCAAGUCCACGUGCUACCAGUGGGCAUCGGUCGAGCCCGGGCAGAGAUCUUUGAGAAGCAAAUCAUUCAGCAUGGGGGCCAAAUAUGCUCCCCUCAGGCCCCAGGGAUCACUCACAUUGUGGUGGAUGAAACUGUGGAUGGUGAGCGAGCCCUCCGCCUCCUUAAGCUACCACAGCUGCCCCUUGGGGCCCAGCUGGUGAAGUCAGCAUGGCUGAGCCAAUGCUUGAAGGAGCAGAAACUGGUGGACACUGAUGGAUUCCAUGUCGUCUUCAUUCCUAACAGGUACCUGGACAAGGCAGACAUAUCAUUCCAACCAGGGCCCUCUGGAACUUCAGCCCAGGCAGGGCUUUCUUCUGUUGCUCCUCUGGCCCCACCCCAGGAACCACACUCACGAUUGGGCAUCCAGGCACAGGCUAACUCUGAUGAUGAAGACAGUGAUGAAGAAGAAGUACGGGUUACCCCUGAUGACCUGGAAGCCCUGAUCACUGGCCGAUACCCAAGCACCCCUGAGGGAGACACUGAGCCCAGCCUGGCUCCUAACCUCAGUGAAAAGUGGGUGUGUGCCCAACCCUCUAGUCAGAAGAUGACCAACCACAACCUUCACAUAACAGAGAAGUUGGAAGUACUGGCUAAAGCCUAUGCUGUCCAAGGUGACAGAUGGCGGACUCUAGGCUACUCCAAGGCUAUUAAUGCCCUCAAGAGCUUUCCCAAGCCUGUUUCUUCCUACCAGGAAGCCUGUGGCAUCCCAGGGAUUGGAAAGCGCAUGGCAGAGAAGAUCAUGGAGAUUGUUGAGAGUGGUCAUCUUCGGAAACUGGACCAUAUCAGUGACAGUGUACCUAUCCUAGAGCUCUUCUCCAACAUCUGGGGAGUUGGAGCCAAGACUGCCCAGAUGUGGUACCAGCAGGGCUUCCGGACUCUGGAGGACAUUCAAAGUCAGGCCACCCUGAGUACUCAGCAGGCCAUUGGCUUAAAGCAUUAUGAGGACUUCCUCAAGCGCAUACCCAGGGAAGAGGCAGCAGAGAUCGAGAAAACUGUCCGGGAGACAGCUCAUACCCUCAAUCCUGGGUUGCUCUCUGUGGCAUGUGGCUCCUAUCGCCGGGGUAAGGCAACGUGUGGGGAUGUCGAUGUGCUGGUCACUCACCCAGAUGGACGCUCUCAUCAGGGGAUCUUCAGUCAGCUCCUGGAUGCCCUUCGGAAACGAGGGUUCCUGACAGAUGACCUGGUUAGCCAGGAUGAUAAUGGGCAGCAGCAGAAGUACCUGGGCGUGUGCCAGUUGCCAGGGCCUGGCCGGCACCACCGGCGCUUGGACAUCAUUGUGGUGCCCUAUAGUGAGUUUGCCUGUGCCUUACUGUAUUUCACUGGCUCUGCCUACUUUAACCGCUCCAUGAGGGCACUGGCCAAGACAAAGGGCAUGAGCUUGUCAGAGCAUGCACUCAGCACUGCCAUCGUUCGUGAUGGCCAUGGUGUCAAGGUGGGGCCAGGCCGAGCAUUGCCCACCCCCACAGAGAAGGAUGUCUUCAAACUUUUGGGUCUGCCAUACCGUGAGCCCUCUGAGCGGGACUGGUGAGCCCUCUACCCCUGCUACUCUCUCCAUCAUUCCCCCAACAAACACACACAUAGACACACGUGCCCCUACCCAUGGCCUUUUCUCCUGCUCGCCUUCAGGGUCCUUGGUAAAGAUCCAGAGUGUGGUCACCAUCCUUAACUGGACCGGGAACUCCGACUGUGAAUCGUUGCUUUCUCCCAUUUGCCUUGCCAUAGGAGCAGGCCAUAUUCAUGUCUCACUGUUGCACUAUGCUGGGUUUUGGUUUUUAUUGUGGUUUGCUCCUCCCCUUGUCCCAGUUUGAUGCACAGCAGGUGGCUGUCAUGCAGUCUGUCCCACUUCCUGUGCCGGGGACCCAGGCAUGCCCACCUCCCAACCCACUUCCACUCAAGUACCAGAAAGACAGAGCAUCUCUUGCCAAGAAGGUGAUGGUUCUGACAAAUGGUCAACUUGCCUCAUGGAAGGCUCUCCUCUUUUUCCUUGCUUCUUAUGUGUCUGUAGAGGCAGAGAAAGAGGGUGUCCCAGCUGAAAUGUUUGCUGUGCUUCUUGAAGGAGAGACUGAGGGAACAGUAAAAUCCGUUAGAUAUUA